AUGGAUGGGGUUGAUGGGCGCUUGCGCACCACUGCUGCACCACUCCUCCCCCUCCAUUCUCCCUGCCCCACACCCCCUUUCCCGCAGGUGAUCUGCAUCACCCACCUGCCGCAGGUGGCAGUGCAUGCCAACGCGCACAUCAGCGUGAUUUGCAUCACCCACCUGCCGCAGGUGGCAGUGUAUGCCGACGCGCACAUCAGCGUGAGCAAGCACAUGGACGGGGCAGAUGGUCGCAUGCGCACCACUGCUGCCCGCCUCACGACCCUGGAGGAACGGGUGAGGCUGGGGAGAGGCACGGGUGAGGCUCGGAGGGAGGAACGGGCCUCGGAGGUGGCUCAGAUGCUAGGGCUGGGCCUGCCCUCAGCCCUGGAGCUGUUUAAAGCAAAGGGAGGCAUGGAGAGAGCAUGCUCCCCUCUGCGGGGCCUGGGUGGGCCUGGGUGGGUCUGGGUGGGCCUGGGUGGGUCUGGGUGGGUCUGGGUGGGCUUGGGUGGGCUUGGGUGGGCUUGGGUGGGCUUGGGUGGGCUUGGGUGGGCCUGGGUGGGCCUGCCAUCAGCUCUGGAGCUGUUCAGUGCAGAGGGAUGCAUGGAGGAACCGAUGAAUAAGGAAGGAGCAGUGAGAACGGAUGGAGCAGUGAGAACGGAUGGAGCAGUGAGAACGGAUGGAGCAGUGAGAACGGAUGGAGCAGUGAGAACGGAUGGAGCAGUGAGAACGGAUGGAGCAGUGAGAACGGAUGGAGCAGUGAGAACGGAUGGAGCAGUGAGAACGGAUGGAGCAGUGAGAACGGAUGGAGCAGUGAGAACGGAUGGAGCAGUGAGAACGGAUGGAGCAGUGAGAACGGAUGGAGCAGUGAGAACGGAUGGAGCAGUGAGAACGGAUGGAGCAGUGAGAACGGAUGGAGCAGUGAGAACGGAUGGAGCAGUGAGAACGGAUGGAGCAGUGAGAACGGAUGGAGCAGUGAACGAGGAGCAGCACUUGAAGGCUGCCCAAAGGGAUACUAAAUCUCCAUGUUGUUGCCAUUUCAGUAAUAUUCAAGAGUAA